GAGUCUGCGUUACGGUUUCUCUCAAGGGGGGAGUUGAAGGUUUCAGCAGUGAGGAUCACUUCCGUGUUCAAAAAGCUGCAGUUCCUCGGCUGCCGCUGGAGGCUGGCUCCAGAAGUGAGCAAUUCUCCAUUGACCCCCAUGUUAAAAUAGCGAACUUUACAGCCUGAAAAUCAUAUUUACAGCCUGGUACAUUUUUUGUUUUUGGUCUCUAUUGAUAGUUUCCACCUCCGUGAAAACUGGGGGGCCGGGGCUUGUUGGCUUGUUGUAGUGUAGACCGUCCUUAGACCGACCGUCUAAGGAGUCUGUGUUACAGUUUUUUUUUUUCGUGUCUCAAUGAUGCGUCCGUUGCUGAUGUGUUUCGUCCUUUGCAUCGUGUACGGCAGCACGAAACCGACAGACAAGAAGAGUAGAGUUCUUCACGAAGAACCGCUCAGCCGCCUCGAACACGACGACAACAAGAACUACGACUAUGACCACGAAGCUUUUCUGGGUCAAGAUGAAGCGAAGACCUUCGACCACCUCCCACCAGAGGAGAGCAAACGAAGGCUCGGCAUCAUCGUGGACAAAAUGGACAGGAACAGAGACAGUUUUAUCUCUGAGGAGGAACUGAAGCUUUGGAUCAAAGACGCUCAGAAGAAGCACGUCUACGACAGCGUGGAGCGUCAGUGGAAAGACUUCGACGUGAACGACGACGGCCUGAUCAGCUGGGACGAGUAUAAGAACGUCACGUACGGGAGCUAUCUGGAUGACCCUCACACAGACACAGAGUAUAACUACACCCACAUGAUGCUGAGGGACGAGAGACGUUUCAGAGUCGCAGACAGAAACGGAGAUUUGAUCGCAGACAAACACGAGUUCACCGCUUUCCUUCAUCCUGAAGAUCACGAACACAUGAAGGACAUCGUGGUACAGGAAACGAUGGAAGACAUCGACAAGAAUGGAGACGGAUUCAUCGAUCUGAAGGAGUAUAUCGGUGACAUGUACGCUGCAGAGGACGAUGAGGACGAGCCGGAGUGGGUGGCCACAGAACGGCAACAGUUUUCAGAGUUCAGAGACAAGAACAAUGACGGGAAGAUGGACAAAGAGGAAACUCUGGACUGGAUUCUUCCUUCUGACUACGACCACGCUGAGGCCGAAGCUAAACACCUGCUGCACGAGUCUGAUGCCAACAAGGAUGGAAAACUGAGCAAGAAAGAAAUUCUGGACAAAUCCGACGUGUUUGUUGGAAGUCAGGUGACGGACUUUGGAGAAGCUUUACUACAACACGACGAGUUUUAGAGACGAAGCUGAUUUUAGAUUGAAAAACUGAAAAUUGAUUUUUGAAGAAUAAUUUAUUUUGUAAACAAAAAAGAAAAGCUUUGAAUUCCGUGUUCAGGCUUUAACUCUGAGGUGGAAACCUCUGAUCAGACGUGGAAACAGCUCUGACGGCUCAGUUUGAUCUUUAAACACACGUUCUCUUUGUUUCUGCUCGUAUGACACUCGAUUUUUUUCUUUUGAAAUGUUUCAGUCUUUGCCGAUUCUCCUGGUAUUGGUGCUUUGCAGGUUCACGUCACCGUUCACUGAUAUUUCUUUCACUUCUGUGCAUCAGUUUAUUUCAUGUAUUAAAAAGUCAAAGUUGCAGGAGACGAGAUGAAGUGACGUGCGUUUGAAAAGUCAUUGUAUCUGCACAUUUUAUAACACUAUAAAACUAAUUUCCACCUUUGUGUUGAACUCACUCUCGGACUGAGAGUGAUUUAUAUUUUGCACUGAACUUUUACUGUUCAUCAAUAAAACAAACGUCCACA